UAAGAAAAUUAUUGUUUUUUGAAAGUUGAUUAUUGGUAUUACAACGGAAUAAGAACCUCACAGAAAAGUCUUUAAAUUAAAUUAAUGUUUAUAAUUUUGAAAACUGCAUUUGUAUUUUCCAUACACUGUGACUUACACAAUCUCGAAAAAAUGCUUGUUUAUUGUGUAUAUAUUUUCUCCUAGUUCGCCCCGCCAUUUUUGUCCUUAAAUCACGUGAACAUUAACAUGAAUAUUUUAACAAUAAAUUAAUAAAGGUCGGCCAUGUUGUUUUAGCCAUUUUAUAGUUAUAGAUUCUUUAUUAUACUCAUUAUACUACCGUAAAACACUAUGUGUGACUAUAUUCGUGUUGCUGAAGACGAGCAAAUGCCAGAGGAGGAAAUAGAACUACCUAGUGACGAAGAUGGCACAAUUUUACUGUCUACAGUUCAAGCACAGUUUCCAGGAAGCAUUGGUUUACGAUUUCGAAACGAAGAGACACAGUCAUGGCGUGGAGUUAGACUUGCAAAUGGCAUACUUUAUCCUCCCGUAAACGGUUGGGGGAAUGCACUGUAUAUAGCUGUAACGGUGAAAACAGACUCAGCAGAUGCAGACAGCUCAUCCAAAAGAAAAUACGAAGAAUCGCCCACUGGACGUGAACCACAUUCUAAAAUUAUGAAGAACUACUCAAUGGAGACGGAUCAAGAUUUACUGAGCGAUAUGAUUGUUCUGGGGCUUUCAUGGAAAGCAAAAGAUGAAGAUUUAUUUGAAUAUUUCUCUCGAUUUGGAGAACUUGACUUUUACGAAGUGAAACGUAACCAGCAGACAGGACAGUCUCGAGGAUUUGCAUUUAUUCGCUUUAAAGAUGCAAAUGUGGCUAGAACAGUUCUGGCACGUACACAUACCAUAUUAGGUCGUAGAGUCGACAUUAGGUCUCCCAAAGGAAAGGAUGAUGCACCACGGAAAAUAUUUAUUGGACGUUUGCCCAGCAAUUGCACUGCAUCAGAUGUUCACUCCUAUUUUGAAAAGUAUGGUACAUUAGUUGAUGUGUAUAUACCACAGCCUUUUAGGCAGUUUGGUUUUGUUACAUUUGCAUCCAGUGAGGCUGCACGUAAUGUACUUGCCCGUGUACAUGUUCUGAAUGGUGCUCGUAUAAAUUGCACACCAGCAGAACCAAAAGCUCAAAGUAAAGGGCAUGCUAAAAAUGCUCAUGAAAGUCCAAGCCAUACUCGUGAAAUGCCAGGAAUUUGGGGUGGUAAUAUUUUACCGUACAUGAAUACUCCUGAUCGUGGUGGGACCAGUGCCUUUGCUAACCAAAUGAAUGCAAUGUGGAAUAUGGCAGCUUUGGCUCAGGGGAUGGCAGCUGGCAUGGUUGGAGGUAUGGGAGGUAAUAUGAGUUCACCUAUGAACACGAGUGGUAUGAGUAGUUCAGCUGGUGGUAGUGGUAUGUCUCCACAGUUUAUGCUUAGCAACAUGAAUGGUGCAAGUGGAAUGGGAAUGAGUCAUUCAGGAUCAAGUGGGAUGGAAGGAGGACAUGAUCAAAGGUUUUGAAAGAAUUUGAUGAUAUAUUGCUUAUCCCAAUACAUGUGGUUGGCAAGGGAACAAUUUUAAAAUGUUGUAUAAGUUUUGUGAGGAAAACAGAUAUUAGACAUUUAGUUUAGAGAACAUACUCUUAUACAAGCAUAGAUUUAGAAUUACUGUUUUGUAGUAAUUCAAGGCCAUAUAUGUGUGAAGUUUUAUAUUACAUGAAAAUGUUUAAGUUAUGAAAAUAAUUGAGCUGUUGCAUCCAGUAUUUGUAGGCAAGUAACAAAAGAUAGCUUUAACAUUCUCAUGUGCAAACAUAGCUCUCUGCAUCAAGGCUUCAUGAUGUAGAAGGACAGAAGAAAUUGAAAGUGCGUGAAACCAGAAUAGAGGCGACAAGAGAGAGUAAGUGGUGGAGGGGAAAGGCAAAAGUACAAGAAAAAAGCCUUCCAUCAAGUUGAAUCUCAUUUAGUUGACUAAUUGGAGAGGAACUGUUCAUCCUUUAUGAGUAAACAUGAAGAGAAUGUCUAACUGUGUAAGAGAGAUUGAGGGUAAAUGCACAUCGUUGAGGAAAUCACAAAUCUGGUUUCAUUUUGAAAAUAAAUAUGGAAUAAGAGGUAAGAGAGUUCAUUGAAGAGGAAAUUAUCAGUUAAAUACAGAGGAAACAGUUCAUCGAAGAGGUAAGAAAUAAUGUUAAGAAAUAUGUAUUAUCAUCAAUGGAAAAAAAUUUAUUUCAUUCAACUUAACAAUACACAAAAUUAUAUCCUGUUAUAAAUACAUAGUGAUUAAGUAUUCCAUUUGUAGUAUUUCACAUUCAACAUAGAACUGUUAUUGUUAUGAAAACAAGAAUUGAACUUUAUACUGUCAAUGUAAUCUGUUUCUUUGUUAUUUAAAGCAUUAAAUGGCAGCCUCCUUAGGUUUCUCGUAUGAUGCCAUCAUGGUCUUGAUCUUGCCAACAGCUUCACCUGGAUUUAACCCCUGUGAAAUUAUUGCAGUUAGAAGAUUGAGAGAAAAUUACUGAUAUUUUUGUGGAGAAAGAUGAUGAGUAUCAUUAACCAUAACCUACCAAUUUGGUACGAUCUUCCACACUUUGAAGAAGCUGUUCUUUACCUUCCUCCAAGUCAUCUUUGCGCAUGAGAUAUGGUUUUAUUGAACGAUAUUGUUCAUAGAAAUGGGUCAUGUCCUUAAAGAGAUGUGGUUAGCUGAAUUAAAAAUAUGUGGCAGUUUUUUUGCUUUCAGAUCCAUGGCACUUACAGGAACAAGAUCUUUAAUGACAUACAUGUGUGGCAGGGGGUAGAUUUUUUCCUUUUUAUUGGACGUAUCAUCAAUGCGACUAUAUAAAAAAAACUUAUAAUAAAUAAAUUAAAAAAAUCAAAA